GUAGCCAACCAGUUUGUGAAAUAGCAUAGCUAAUAACAUCAUGUGUAAAUAAUGUGGUAAAUAUAUUACUAUCGAUAUAUAUCGAUAGUUUUUGUAAUUGAUUUGCUAGCUUUGACUUUGUCAAAAAUCUACACACACCUCCCUCCCCUCACACGGAUCGGCUCCUACCGAGAGGAAGGAAAAUAAAAACAAACACGAAAACUCGACACGGCCGGUUUGUCUGUCUGUUGAAUAUUUGUAAAAUUUUCACAUAUUAUGUAUUUAAACAACAGCUUUUAUUAAAUAAUAAUUAAGAUAUUUAGUCAUUGCCAUGUCCGCUCCUAAACUUUACCAUGAGCCUAGAAGUGGCCCAUCACGAGGAGCCUUCUUAGCUGCUAAAGCUAUUGGUGUUCCAAUAGAAAUCGAAAAGGUGGAUUUAAUGAAAAAAGAGCAACCAAAGGAGAGUUUUUUAAAGAUAAAUCCCCAACACUGUGUGCCUACUUUGGACGACGACGGUUUUAUUCUAUGGGAAAGUAGAGCUAUAGCUAGCUACUUGGCAGAAAAGUUUGGGAAAGAUGACCAAUGGUAUCCUAAGGACCUGCGGCGUCGGGCAGUGGUGAAUCAAAGACUGUACUUCGAUAGUUCUAACUUAUAUGUGAAGAUUAGAGCGAUAUGUUACCCCAUCCUUUUCAUGGGAGAGACAGAAAUAAAGACAGCCCUUAAAGAUGACCUGAACAACAGCCUGAAGUUCCUGGAUGGGUUCCUGAGUAACACCAAGUGGGUUGCUGGUGAUAAUCCAACCAUCGCAGACACCUCUAUUUGUGCAUCAAUGUCCAGCAUCCUUGCUGUUGGCUGGGAUUUAACAGAUUUCCCCAACAUCCAGCGCUGGUUUAAAGACUGUGCCUCAUUACCUGGUUUUGAAGAGAACCUGGAAGGUGCAAAGACAUUUGGAGAUGCAGUGAAGAAGAAUCUCAAGCAGUGACAAAGUCACAUGAAAAUUUAAUUUUUGGUGGAGGUUUUAUUAUAAAUUUUUUCACAGUUUACAACUUCUUAAAAUAUACAAUGUUUUCAAAAA